AUGAAGUUCAACGUCCUCGCUCUCUCCGCUCUCCUGGCGCUUGCCGUCGCGCAGGACACCACCACUGCCCAUCACGCGGCGACGACUGCCGACGCCCAGGAUCGAUGUGUAGGCGAUGCCAAUGAUGUGUGCUGCCGCGCCAGAUGCUACAAGGUGCCCUGCCCCAGCGACAGCCAGGCCAACGACACCAACAGCUGCGUCGCCGCCUGCCCUCAGGGGAACGGCUCGGCGGCCGACACCCAGCGGUACUCGGAUUGUGAGCAGAAUUGCUACAGCUCGCACUUCUUCCCGGCCACCAAUGUCCGUAACGGCCAGACCGAGACCGUCUCCGCUGGCAACACCGCUGUGACUGAGACCGGCGCAUCCGUGUCAGUGGUUACAAACUCCGCUGGCAGCCCCGUCUCAACUUUCACUACUGCCACCAACACUGCCAAGGGCGUUACCCAGACUACCAAUGCGGCCAGCCAUGUCAACCUGGGUGCUUCUGCUGCAGGGCUUCUGGGCCUUGUUGUGGCUGCAUUUGCUAUGUAG